AAGGCGACAGUUGAGUCACGCAGGCAUCAUGAAGGUCCUUCUGCUCCUGGGAUUGGUGGCCGUGGCCCUGGCCGAAAAGACCACAUUCGUGGGGGAUCAGGUGUUCCGUCUGAAGCCCACCACUGAUGAGCAUGUGACCCUCAUCAAGGAUCUGGCCAGCAAAAUGGAGGUUGACUUCUGGAGCCCUGACAGUGCUGAUGUGGUGACCAUUGACACUGAUGUGGAUAUCCACAUCGAUGCCCUUCACGCCUCCAUGGUCUACACCAUCCUCAACCAGAGCGACAUGGAGCACGAGAUCCUGAUUGAGGAUGUUGAGGCUCAGGCUGAGGCCCAGCUGGACAUGCCCGAGACCAGGACCCACAGCUACACCAAGUACAACACCUGGGACAAGAUCCAGUCCUGGAUCUCCUCCAUCUCUGCCUCCAACACUCAGCUGAUGAGCAAACAGGUUAUCGGACACACCCAUGAGGGCCGCCCCAUGAACGUGCUGACGAUUGGCAAGAAGACUGGUGCUACCAAGCCCGCCAUCUUCCUGGACUGUGGUAUCCAUGCCAGAGAGUGGAUCUCCACUGCUUUCUGCCAGUGGUUCGUCAACGAGGCCGUGUCCACCUAUGGAACUGAUGCCCAGAUGACCAGCCUGCUGGACCAGAUGGAUGUUAUCGUGCUGCCCGUUUUCAACAUCGAUGGCUACGAUUACACCUGGAAGAACAACAGGAUGUGGAGGAAGACCCGUCAAAGGAACCCUGGAACCAACUGCUACGGCGCUGACCCCAACAGGAACUUCGACGCCGGCUGGUGCACCCUGGGAGCUUCCAGCAACCCCUGCAGUGAUACCUACUGCGGCUCCAAGCCCGAGUCUGAGAUCGAGGUGAAGAAUGUGGCUGACUUCAUCCGCAGGAACAAGGACAUCAUCAAGGCCUACAUCACCGUCCACUCCUACUCCCAGCUGCUGCUCUUCCCCUACUCCUACACCUACGACCUGGCCGCCGACCACACCGAGCUGAUGAAGGUUGCCCAGGGAGCCACCAGGGCUCUGACCAGCCUGUACGGCACCAAGUACACCCCCGGACCCGGUGCCACCACCAUCUACCCUGCUGCCGGCGGCUCUGACGACUGGGCCUACGACCUGGGCGUGAAGUACUCCUACACCUUCGAGCUGCGUGACGAGGGCCGCUACGGCUUCCUGCUGCCCGAGUCCCAGAUCAAGCCCACCUGCGAGGAGACCAUGCUGGCCGUCAAGUACAUCGCCACCUACGUGCAGAACACCUUGUAGAUGAAAUAAAGAGAAAUCAAUAAAACACACGGACGCUUCACUCACUCGUUCACUCGCUUGUAAGAUCACCCAAGACUGUGAAGUGGGAGAGAUCAUCUGAUCUCGGAUAAGCGGCGCACCACCAUCCGUCCGUUAGUACUGUUUCAUUCAGAUGUCAUCAUUUACUUUAUUAAUGUAAACAGGAAUAGAGACACGUUGACAGAAUAAAGACUUGAAACAACUGA